AUGUUCUGGCUAAUCCUUUCGGGUUCGCUCUCAUGUGCAGUGGCCUUAGCCUUGGGGUCGCAUCAUGCCAGCCAACCACCGCUUACCCGAUCAUUAUAUGCCGUUUCGGCGGAACCCUCUAUAUUUCCCACCACUUCCUCCCCCGCGGCUUGGGUCACUCCAGCACACGACCAACUUCUCUUCACCGCGCAGGCGCCCUCAAACACUGGCAUCGAUUCGGUACCCUCGAGUGUGAUCGUUCCUGUCCAACCCAGCAGCACUCAACACCAGUCUCCAUAUGAAACGGUGACCGGAAAGGCCUUGGAGGCAGAAGAGCAGAUGGGUCCCGUCAAGACAAAGGCCACCAUUGGUGUGCUGUCGACUAUAAUAUUUUACAUGUGCGCCAACAGCAUCCUGCGGGCAACACGCCCAGAGGUAUUCAUUUGGCAAGACGAAGACCGAGAGGAGUCCAGUUGGAUCGCUACCUCCCGGUAUUGGCUCGACAGGAAAUGCUGUCGCUGGCUGGGAGUCUGCGGUGCCUUCCACAUGCACUACAUCUCAGAGCACGACAAGUUUGGCCAUCGUCCCUCGAUAAAUCACAGAGAACGCUUGGUGGUUCCCACCCCCGACUGGGACUGGCAACAUGCCUGGAGUGAGGGCAAUGACCGACCUGAAGACUGGACUCACGAUGAACGGGUGCUGAGGGAGAUCCCAGACUACGUCUUGGAAUAUGCUCCUCUGGUUCACCUCUUCUCGGGGGAACAGUUCUGGCCGUGUGACAUUGCUGAGCACCUCUACCACGUCACCCCGACCUUGAACUAUACCCCGGUCCAGUCCGAGCAACAACACCCGUCCCUUCAGAACUUGGACGAUCUCAAUGAGUGGGAAAAUGGCCGGUGGGUGUAUCUGACUAGCAACGACAACGUGGAAGAACGGCCAGACUGGUUGGAGGGAGAGAAGAACAUCCCAACCGGACCGUCGAGACCAGAUGACCCAUUCGAAGACAACGAGGGUUGGGUCCACAAACCAGGAAGGACAUAUCUCCAAGGUGUGAAGAAUGCAUUGGACGACGCGAAAGAAUGGUUUGCACCAGACUUGGAUGGUUUCGAGGAAAGUGAUGAUUUUCAAAUGACCGCCUCGGGCCAAUCAGAGCAGACACAGGCCGCACGCCGAGUUCACCAUGAAUUGAGACGCUCAACUGCAGAUCAUGCGCCGCCCGACAGGAUUCGAGGGGGCCGGAGUGACGCACCUGCUGUCCUCGUCACCGUCAACAAGGGCCAUGGCAUCGUCGACGCCUUUUGGUUCUUCUUCUACAGCUUCAACUUGGGGAACGUGGUACUCAAUGUGCGAUUUGGCAAUCACGUGGGCGACUGGGAGCACACCGCCAUUCGCUUUCAACACGGGAAGCCCAAAGCUGUUUUCUUCAGUGAGCACAAUUUCGGGUCCGCCUACAGCUACGAAGCUGUGGAGAAAAUCGGGAAGCGACCCAUCAUCUAUUCCGCUUAUGGCACUCAUGCCAUGUAUGCAACUCCCGGCACACACCCUUACAUUCUGCCAUGGGGUAUCCUUCAUGACCUGACUGACCGCGGCCCCCUAUGGGAUCCGGCUUUGAAUUCGCACGCUUAUACAUACGAUUACAAGAACGACACACUGCGGGCAUCGAACCGCACGCCGACCGCCCCUACCAACUGGUUCAACUUUGCCGGACGCUGGGGGGAUAAGUUCUACCCUCUGGGUGAUAAACGGCAAUAUAGAUUCGCCGGACAAUAUCACUAUGUCAACGGCCCGCUCGGCCCUAAAUUCAAGAACCUGGGGCGGAAGAAGAUCUGCCAGGGGCCAGAAACCGCUCCGUGUGUGGUCAAGAACUGGCUGAGCAGUGGAGAUAAGAUUGGCCAUUUACGUCUGUCCACUCUGGAAGAAGAGGAGGGCGACAACGAUCUAUAG